AAACGUACUGGUAGCAGACGAAGCAUAGUUUCCACCUGUACCCUAAAGUUCCGGCUGCUAAUCCUCUUGAUAUUAUCCUGCCACCGCUGGACCUCUCAGCUCAUGUCAUUAGUCAUACCCCGCAUAUCUCAGCAGCUUAUGCCAGAACUCACACCCCUGAUAGUUCCACCUUUAUCAGUAAUGGUACCCCUGAUAUCCCCGCUUAUGUCACGAGUCGUACCACAGAUAUUUCAGCUCAGAGGACGGGAUCUAUCUACCCUUCGAAAACGUAGCAUUGGGCGGCUUACCUACAGCCUAUUGUCGGAUUCUAUUCGGAUAGUCUAUUCACUUCCUAAACAGGAUGGGAAUUGUAGGACUCCAGUCGGAUGGUCUAUCGAAUGCCUAAACUGGAAUACUGUCUAUCGAAUGCCCAAAGUGGAAUGCGCUUCUUUCAUAUAUAUACUGCUUGUGCCAGGCGCGAAACAGACAAUGUCGCUUCAUCAACAUCGAACAAUCAAACGCAGUUCACAGCACCUCCAAGCCAGCCAACUGAAUAUCCCAUCUCUCAAUAUGCAGCUUUCCAAGGUCCUUCUCGUUCUUUCGGCAGGCGGCUUCGCCAAUGCCGACAAUUAUUCGUGCAAGGGAAGCUCCCAGUGUGGCAAGGGUCUGUUACCACGAUUUCAAAAAGCUUGGAAUUACAUUCAGGACGACUAUAUAUACCGUGCUGGCGGUUACGACAGUGGAACCUGUUCCGCGAACGGCUUCGGCUAUGGCGCUGGUAUCUUUGUGAAGGGCAAUGGCUGCACAGCCAAAGGUGGCGUCCUAAAGCAGUUCUAUGCAGAAAUUCGCAAUCGAGGCUGUGAAGUAUGCGGGUUUGUGGAUUUUGGGAAUGGGUGUCAAAUCAAGCUCGAUUACGUAUCCGGUUGCGGGAGCAGCUAAGGGGGCAUGACAGAAGCUUUUCUUGACAGCACAUUAUCACGACCGGUCGUAUAGCUCGGCCGGAAGUAGCCGCGGGUACUGAGGACGGAGGAGUGUCACGGUCUGACUCUACAGGGGUUCGUUUGCGCGGAAGGCAGCACAAACGAGGCUGCA